CCUUCUUCUGAUAAGGAAGAGUAAAAUGGAUCAGUGAUUUCAAGCAAUUUCAUAAUUAUGGUUAUCAUGUUUCAUGUUUGCAUUAUAUGCUAAACCGGAAUAGUUUUUGGAUGUUUUGUUGUGUAAUAAUUGCGUGCGACUUAAUAGUGUAUUAAAUCUGUAUCUUUGGUGAUCUUAGGACGUUUAUUUUCUUAACAUAAGUUCAACAGAAGAAGAAAAGAUGACAGAAUAAAAAUGUAAUAAUAAUAAACCCCUGCACAGGAAUAUGUACUUAACAGUUUAUGUCCCAAUUUUGUUUACCUUAUUAACAACGGGUUCUGCAGACGAAGCCAAUGGGUUGGAAUGUGAAGAAGGUAAAGGAUGGUUUAAAGGUUGGGAUAAGUGUUACAAAAUAUUUCAUGGAGAUCACAUAAGAACUUACGGAAGAGCAGAAGAAAUGUGUGAAAGUUAUGGAUCUCGUCUAGUUACAAUCAAAGACCAGCCGGAGAAUGAUCUCAUCGGUAGAAAAUUUACUGAAAUUCGUGCAUCAGCAGAUUCUUACUAUAUUGGUUUGGCGCGAAAGAAGUCGACUGCUUGUCCUAAUUGUACAGAACUAAGAUGGAGUAAUGGCAUGGAAGCGACGGAAACCGAGGGCUUCUGGUCCGAUGACCAACCGGACAACUCUAACGGGGGAUGUGUUUUUGCACAUAAAAACAGUGAGGAUUAUGUAUAUGACCGACCAUACACAUUUAGCUAUAGCAACUGUAUGAUCCUCCGUGCAUUUAUCUGUGAAAAAAUGGCUGCACCUGAAGGCAGUUUCUUCUGCAUGGGUAAAGGCUAUAUUAACGGCAAUAAUGUAUGUGACGGUAAAACUGAUUGUGAGGAUGGUUCCGAUGAAAUGAACUGUACUUCCAGUUGUCGAUAUCAUCAUACUGGGGAACGGGGAAUUUUGGGGCCCGUUGUUUUCCCAGGAUGUAAAAAUCCCAUUUGGGGCAAUUGA